AUGGCAUUGGAGGAGCUGAAAAUAAGCCAGAUGGACGCCAGCCAGUUCUUACUUUUGGCAGCUUCGACCACGCUCAAGAGUUUGAGAUUGGGUAGGGCUUGGACGGACGACAGACCUGGGGAUGAAGUCGAAGCAACCGUCCGCGCUCGAUUGAGGAAAUACCGAUACCAGUUCCCCACCGUCUGGGAUACAACCUCACACCCCUUGCUACACAAACAUCCUGGUAUCCUUUCAGAGCUUGAAGUUUUGGACAUUCCUCUCCGGCGCCUCUCACAACAUAAUCAUCACCAGCACAAUCUCGACACAAUCAACGGAAUCCUCCAGGUGUGCUAUGCAACACUUCAGACCCUCACCGUCAGGUUUUAUGGUUGUUGCGAGAGGUUCCCCGACCUCAGUCGUCUAGUCGCCCUGAGAAAGAUUCAACUCCAUGCCAGGAAUAGCUGCAGCGAAAACCGAAAUCUCAACAUUGCAUAUCCAUCGGGAGCCAUGACCUUGGUCAGCUGCAAGCGGCUUCUGUCACGAAUCAGCCCCACUUUUCCGGUCUCCUCCGUCGAAUUCAACCUUCGCAGCGAUUUUACGGACGAGUUUCCAAACAACUGGUCGGACACUCAGUUUCUCCAUGUCGAUUCCUUGCCCCAGCUCCGUCGGGUGUGGGACAAGAUCGACAUGCUCUUGUCGGAUAGGGAAAGAUUCCCUCAUCUGGUACGGGUGGUACUGAAUCUGUGGUUGGAGUUGUAUGUGGAGAAACGUCCUAAGAAGUCUGAGAAUCUCGCCGGGGAAGAAGAACAAUUGAACCAUGACGAUGAGGUGUGGUCGGACCGAAGUCAGAUUGAAUGGACCGAGUCGUUGAAGAGGCAAAAGGCGCAGAUAAUAGGGGAACACUUAUCUAUCGAGAAGCUCUUACCUCGCUUGUCAAGCCGUCUCACUGUUAUCCGCAACUUCACCCUUUCCCAAAAGGACUGCAAUCAACCCCAAGACAAGCAAUUAUUGGUCUGUUGA